AUGGUGUCCUCCCCGCUCCCGCCGUCGUCUCUAGACGCCCUCGCGCCCCCUUUCUACCCGUCCAUGUCCUGGUCCCCAGCGAUCACGGACGACUACUACCUGGAACGUCCGCACUCGCCUGGCAAAGCUGGGUUCGUGAUUGCGAGUCCAGUGGAGCCUGUCCAGGAAGUGCCGGACGAGGAGCUCUUUGAUCCUGCCUUCUACCCGCUGUCAGAGACGGAGAUGCAAGAGCUAGAGCAAGUGGACGAAGUGAAUGAGAUUUUGGCAGAGCUGGAGUUGAUGGAGAGCCACCAGGAGCUCCUUUUGAAACUUGAGUGA